CACACAGCGGCCGAGACGAGACCUAGAGCUCGUCCCCUCCCUCUCACACACGCCCACCAAUCACCUGGGGCACACACACCACCUCUCCCAGCGUCGAUAGAAGAGAGAGAAGGAAGAUUCUACCUACAUCUACAGUGAGAAACAUAGACAAUAUCUACGUAAAAACUUGUAUUUUUACGUAGGAAGAAAAAAAAAAGGAAAAAGUUUUAUUCUAAUUCUAAGUGUAUUUUGUGACUACUGGGGAAAGUUGUUUAGAAAGUUUUGAGAGACAUUUUCGCUGGUUAUUUACCUUGGAAAGUUUGUAUCGUUUAAAGACAAUGAAGUGAAACAAGCUGAUGAGAUAAACUGUGGUUAUACGUAGGUGAUAGUUUACAGCGAGACAGUGAGAGAUAACGGCAAGACACAGUUUACAGCGAGACAGUGAGAGAUAACGGCAAGAGACAGUUUACAGAGAGACAGUGAGAGAUAACGGCAAGAGACAGUUUACAGCGAGACAGUGAGGAGACAACGGUGAGACACAAUACAGAGAGAUAGUAUGAGACACAUUCAGAACAACCAAUAUCUUUCCCACUACGACGAUACAAAACAGUAAAUAUCUUCCUCUAAAGUCUCUCUCUCAUCUCUCCCUCCACCCCCCCCCCUCUUUCUCUUCCCUCAUCUCUACUUUCUUAAACAUCAACAAAAACCAAUGGAAAGAAAAUAAACAUUGAGAAAAAAAGAAAAAAUACGUGACAAUAUAUAUUCAUUCGUAUAAACUACUAGAAAAAAAAUAAUAAGGUCGUUAUAUCCACUGGGGAAAAAAACGUAGCCUUAACUCUAUACAAUACUACAUCCUGGGAAAAAAAAUAAAGUCGUCAUAUCCACUAGGAAAAACAACCUAAAAAAGACUACAAUACCACAUCCUGGGAAAAAAAAUAAAGUCGUUAUAUCCACUAGGAAAAACAACCUAAAAAAGAUUACUAUACCACAUCCUGGGAAAAAAAAACCCACAUCCAUACCACUAAAUACAACCACAAACCAAUGAAAAUGAACCUUAACAAAACCACAUACCACCAAUAGAACCCAACCCCUUAACCCGCCCUUGGGAAACACCACCACUUAACCAAACAGAAGAGGAACCAGGACGGCCCUACGGUAGAACCAUGAAGGAGAACAAACUGGUGGUUCUUGGUGCUGGGGGUGUGGGCAAGACCUCGUUGGUUCUACAGUUCCUACAAGGGUUCUUCUCGCCGACCUACAAACCCACUGUAGAAGAUUGCUACAGUCACACACUACAGCUACCAAAUGGGUUGUUUCACUCGCUGGAGAUCCUGGACACGUCAGGGUCACACUGUUUCCCGGCCAUGAGGGAACUAUCCAUCAGGUCAGGUCGCGCCUUCGUUAUAACCUUUGCGGUCAACAACGAACAGAGUUUCUACGAGGCCCAGGCGCUGUGGAACCUAAUUAGCGAAGUCAAAGGGCUAGACAACGUACCCUCCGUAUUAGUGGGUAACAAGGUUGACCUCUCGGGUGAACGGGAGGUCAGCUGGGAGGAGGCCAACGCUUACGCCACAGAGGUCAUGCCUGCCGCCUAUGUGGGAACUUCGGCCAAGUACAACCUAAAUGUCACCCUCGUCUUCAAGGAGCUGCUCGUCUUGACCUUCGGCAUCGGCAAGGACGAGAAGAAGGAGAGGCGAGGCUCCAGGAUUCGCAUGUCCCUUAGCGAUCUCUCCAUCACCUCCCGAAGAAAGUCAUCAGGAGCCAUGUCCACUGCGUCAGGAGCCACGCUGGCCACGGUGUCCGGUAUCUCCCGCACCGGCAGCGCCCUCAGUGACGACACCCCCGACGACGAGAAUGCUAAUAAAUCGUCCUCGUCAGUAGUGAAGAACGCAAGUGCCAGCGACAACAACGGGGCCACCAGGAGACACAGCCUGAAGCAGGAGAAGUGUGUCAUACUGUAGAGCGGUUCCUUAGUGUAUAGCAAGUGCAUAGCAAGUGUAUAGCAAGUGCAUAGCAGGUGUAUAGCAAGUGCAUAGCAGGUGUAUAGCACGUGGAUAGCAGGUAUACAGAACGUGCAUAGCAAGCGCAUAGCAGGAAUAUAUAUCACGUGCAUAGGAGGUGUAUAGCACGUACAUAGCAAGUACAUAGCAGGUGUAAUGCGUAACAAGUGUCUAGCACGCGUUUAGCAAAGCCAUAGCACGUAUUUAGUAGGGGCAUAGCACGCACAUAGCAGGUGUAAUGCGUUAACAAGUGUAUAGCACGUGCUUAGUUGGGUUAUAACACGUGCAUAGAAAGUCGCGUAUAGCAGGAAUGCAGCACGUGUACAGAAGGCGUAUAGCGAGGGUGUAUGGAGGGUAUAGCAAAGGUAUAGCAGAUAUAAAAGGAAUAAACCCCGCAAUAACGACCUAACCUCAGGGUACCGCCAACAACAAGAGGUUCCAUCUUCUCUCCCACAACACUCACCUAACCUCAACGCCAGACGAAUGAUCGCUCGCCUCUUACCAACACAAACCAACUGAGACUGGCAGACAAAGUACUUUCGUGAACAAAGAACAACAACAACGAGACUAAGAACAAAUAGUUUUAUCAUCUUAGACAAAAGUUUAGAAAUUAAUGAUAAAAAUCGAUGCAUAACAUAAAUACUGAUGAACAAGUGAACAAAAUAUGAACAAGUGAACAAAAUAUAUCAUUUUCUUGAGUGACAUAAGUGAAAAAAAAAUGAAAAGUAUGAAAUAUUCUGAAGAACAAAGAACAACGCUUGCUAUGAUCAUGAAAAUAUAGAAAAUACAUUAAAAAAAAUAGUGAUUAUGACCAUUAAUAAAGAUAAUAUAAUAUGGUAUUGAAGUGAAGUGAAAAAAAAAAAUUCUUCAAUCAUAAAAAAUGGACGAGUCAAACUUAUAGAAAACCUGAUCAAACACCAAAACAAUUAUAUGAACAAUAACUCCUGUAUAUCACGAGAAAUAUUAGUGUUUGUUAGUUAAUACUGUAGAUAAAAUUAUAUAUAUAUAUAUAUAUAGUCUAUAGCCUUCUCCCUGAUAUAUAUUAAAAAAUUACUCUUUUUUUUUGUAACGAGAAACUUAUAUCGAGAAUAUAUUGCAGUCUUCCCCCCCUCCUCUUAAUAUACGACCUAACAGUAAUGAAAAUGAGUGUCCACAAUAUUUUCACGCUUGCUGCUUUUACGUUCAACAAUUUUACCCUAAAAAGACGAUUCUUUCCCCAAUAAAUAUAAGAGAAAUAAGAGCAAUAAUAUAUCUUAAAUUUUCAUCCACUCAAGAGGAUUCAAGAGUAAUUUAUGGGAUUUUUAAAAGGUGUUGAAUAGUGUUAAAAAGGUGUCGUGUUGUGUUUGCCAUCUUGAGCGUAUACUCUUAGAGAAUUUAUACAACUAACAAGUAAUUGAUGCUAUUUUGUAUCAUGUUAAAGGUUUUAUACACAUAGUUUUAAAAAAAGAUUAUUUCUCAUUUAUAAUUUUUUUUUGAAUAAUGAAAAAUAAAAUAUCAAAUACUUUCCACCACUACAAAAUAAUUCUUGUCACACAGGAAGGAAUUUAAACUCUUAAUUAUACCGUAAAGUCUAUUUUAAUUUCCACAAAGAAUAUUUAUGAGAAAGAAACAAAUAAACUCCCAUAAAAUAAGAAUACUGAAUCACAUCGGCCAAAAUAAUAUAAAUAAUAAUAUCGUUAACACGGAAAUAUAAUAAGGAAUAUUUCGCUUGGUAUCGCCUUUCCCGCGUCACAGAUAGCAGUCAGAGAUAUCGACAUAGUUAUACAAAUAUAUACAUAAAUAUACAUCGAUGUAGGAAUUAAUUAGUAAGUUAAUGAGAUUUAUAAUUAAAGUGAGAUUAUAUACAUCAAUACUUGAAUUAAAAUCUAUGUAUAUAUAAGUGUAUUUCAAUGAUUAUCUAAUUCUGUAUAUUUUCUGUAGGUUAGUUGUCUUUCGUUUUCUUGUAUAUAAUUGAGAAAUAAAUUCGUUUUGAGGAAUAACUUCGAUAAAUCUUUUUAAUAUUUUUUUAUCUUAAGAAUUUAAUCCCGAAACGCUUAUAAAUAUUAAAAUUUAUAUAUAAAAUAAUUACACGAAUUAUAUUUUACAUUCUCAAAAUAUAUAUAUCACUAAGAAAAAAUUAGUAAUAACGAAAUGAAAUAAAAAAAACAGUCUUUCGAUAAAUUAAUAUCAAAAUAAUUAAUGCUAAUAAUCAAAUCAAAAUAAGAAUUUUUUUCCAUUUUAUUAUUAUUAUUGUAUACGAUAAAAAUAAUAAUGCCUUGUACGAGUGCAUAGGCAUAAAUCCGUGUUUAUGCCUCCCUCCCCGCCGAGUACAUAUUGUGAGUGCAGUUUCGAGUGCAUAAUCAAUGGUGCGUAUAUGAGUACAACUCUUCGAUCUGUGUCCAGAGUGCAAUAUUUGAGUACAUGUUUUUCUGACUUGACGCAUGGGAGGUAUGAGUGAAUGUGUGUGUUUGUUUGAGUGCAUAUCUUGAGUGCAUAUUAAGCGUUAUAAAAGUAAUAUCCACAUAAUAAUAAUAAUAAUAAUAAUAAUAAUAAUAAUAAUAAUAAUAAUAAUAAUAAUAAUAAUCACAGUAAUAAUAGAUUGCCAUAUUCAACAUAACAUUCAUAUACUCAAUAGCAAGACAUAGCUAGUUGUGGAUAGAAGCUAAAACAAGGGCUAUUAACUGGUAGAUGAAAAAAUUAGAUAAAAACUAGAAUACGAGACAAAGAUGGCGGCUCGUAUCAACAUGGCCUCAGUAGAUGAAUGGAAUCUACCCAUCUAUAAAUGCUCAAAGUAGAUAAUUAUGCAUACGUGUACUAGUUAAUACAAACUAUACCAAUAUAUGCUUGAGGUAGAUAUAGUAAAUUAACUAGCCACUAGAUGCUCAAAUUACAGGUGAGAGAUAAGGACUGCUUUCACCUUAGCUACCUGACGGAUUAAAUAUAUUUAAUUUGGUCAUAUGAGUGUUAAGUCUUCAGAUAUCUUAGUUCUUGUUCAGCCUAACCUAACCUAACCCCAUAUGACUUCAAACAUACAUAUAUGCUAUAUAUAUAUUCCCAUUCAACUAUCUACCAAUAAAUAGAUUGACAUACAUUAUCGUCUACCCAUACAAGUAGAUGAGAGAAUUAAUCUACCACAAAUAUGAUCUUAGUAGAUAUAUAAAAAAAAUUCAUAUACACACCUGGUUUGGGAAAUUCAUUUAUAUAUCAGGUAUGAAAUCGUGAAAGGAAUUUGAUAAACAACUCAGGUGUGAAAUGAAAUACAUACCAAAUCAUAUUGAAAACAGAUGUUGUAAAAUGAACCUUAAAAUUGGCACUCAAAAUUAUGUUAAAAUUAAUGUUAUGAUUAGUGUUGAAUUCUGUAGUUAAAUUAACACCCAAAUUGGCACUAUUAUUGAUGUUAUUCAUGGCACACACACAUUAACAUUCAUAUUGGCACUGCAAUUGGCACCCUCUGCAUAAAAAAAUAUUCCGUUCUAAACCUGUUGCAUUGUUGACUAUGAUUUUCUAAUAAUAAUAAUAAUAAUAAUAAUAAUAAUAAUAAUAAUAAUAAUAAUAAUAAUAAUAACGCAAACUACUAUUGUUAAUCUACGCCUCUAAUAACUUGUUAAGAUUUUAUAUUUAACAUGUAAGAAUAGUGUAUUUAACAUGAUAUUUACAACAUGUUAGUUUUUCCUGUAUACCACAUGUUAAUCUGUACCAGUCAUGUCUACGUGAUAGGGAGAUGUGUUUAGAGGCGGAGCUUAAGAUACUAGUAAAGGUAUCUCAUUGGACGAUAAUGUAUAAAGUUGCCAAAUACAUUUUACUUCUCAAUUCUUAUUGGUUGGAGACAUUGGCAGUGGGCGGAGAUUAUUGCCAAUAAACGAAAUUUGUUAUAUUUGCGAAGAUUUUUGAUUUGUCGAAUAUAUUAAUGAUAUUUAUUCGAUAUUAAUGGAGGUUGUGAUUGGUUAGAAAAUAAUAGUUUUCAUUAAGGCUAUCCACUGCUAUUGGCUACUAGAAGUAAAAUGGGGCGGGGUUUAUAAAAUUUGGUGUUCUGUGAUUGGGUGACGGUAUUGCUCGAGUUGACAGAUGAUGUGAUAUGAUAGUAUAUUAUAUUUAGUGUACCUCAUAUAAUAAUAUCUAUAUUACAGGUGAACCCUUUCUAUAGCAUAAUAACUACAGGUUACAAUGAACACUAUCACCUUUAUAGAUUCUAAAACAUUGUAUUAAUCUUAAAAAUAAACAAGAAAUUAAUUAAAUAAUCAUAACUGGCAACUUCAUCUCGUGAUAGCUGCCAUGUUUCUCCAUUUAAUAAACGUGAACAAUAAUAAUUCUAUAAUGUAUAUCACCUAAAGAUCAGCCCUCCUUUAUAUAUUACCUCAUGAUUAAAUACUCUAAUACUAACCUAACCUAACCUACCCUACCCUACCAGGCAAUAGGGUGUUUAAUAACCAUGGGAACUAUACAGGAGGGUGUGUAAUCUUCAUGUGAUCUUACAGUGGGUGUUGAUGUUCCUCUCUCUCUCUCUCUCUCCAAGUUAACGAAAUAAAACAGAUGGACUUUUCUGAAACGUUUCAUUUGUAUUCUAAAAAAAAGACACAACCUCCAGUUUAAUGGUUAUCGGGUUACCAAGACACACACACACACACACACACACACACACACACACACACACACACACACACACACACCUGAUCGAGCAAAGGUCACACGUUGGCCUAUACGUUCACACACACUUAUGAGCGAAUUUCAAAAAAUAUCCUACCAAGAAAUACAUACAUACAUACAUGCAGUACAUACAUAUACAUACAUACAUACAUACAAAAUAACUAUGAAUACACCCACAAACACACAAAUCAAUACAAAAUACAUAAGGUACCAAACAAAAGUGUAUUAUAUAAUUAGACAUACAAAUAUAAAAUACAAAGAUAAAAAAUAUAAUCAUCCGCAUCUUAUAAAAAAAUACUCAUAUAUAUAUCGACAGACACAAACCAACGAUAUAAUUUAUUUUCACACAUAUGGGUGGCAGCGGUGGGAUUGUAAAUAGCCUGAAUAUGACUUGUAUAAAAAGCAUUAUGCACGGAGGAGGAGUGUUAUUGUAUGAUAAACAAUAAUAACAAGAUACAA